GUUCCUAGAAAGAAUCAAGCUUCAUCUGUAUUGUCGAUCUCUCGUGCAGAUAUUACUAGGGACAAGAUUCUUACAAUGCGGCUUAGUGACUAUAUGAUCAUGAAUGCAUGCUUCACAUAAGCAACAUAACAGCCCACGGGCAACAAAUUUAAUCUAUUUGUUCUCGUGCUUUGGUGUAGUCAUUAUCUUUCCCGACAUCAUUACGAAACACGGGCUCGCAGACUACUUAUCAUCUGCCCGAUUGCUCUAUAAGAGGGUGCUCAGAUUCUUUAAAUUAGAGAAUCUAAUAACCCCAAAUAUUACCAACCAUCUCAAUCAGGUCACGAAAUGGUUUAUUGUGGUAAGCCAAGUAAAGCUUGCGCAGAAUGCAGACUUCGGAGAACCAAGUGUGACACCCUGACGCCAUCUUGUUCGCAAUGUGUUCGCGCUGGCCGUAAUUGUACAGGGUACAGAACUGAGGCAGAUAUGAUGUUCCGCGAUCAAACACAAUAUUACACCAAGAGACGAAGAACUGAAAAUCAAUCUCGACUAUUAGUAUCGAAAAGGGGAAGUAAAGCAUCAAACGACACUUCAGAUGCUCUUAUAGAUCCUCAAUUGACGUGCCAGUCCACGAUGCAACUUGCCAUGCAGAUAACACCACUGGUACUCGAACUUUCUACUUCUUCGGCUGAGCAGGCAACAUGUUAUUUUUUUAGAAACUAUGUUCUUGAAGAUAAUUCGACAAGUGGUAGCUUUCAGUAUCUCCACGAAAUAUAUGACAAUGAACUGAUUGGUCCUGCGCUGACUGAUAGCAUUGAAUCUCUUGGAAUGGUCGGCUUAGCAAACUUUUGGAAAGCUUCCGAAUUUCAAUUCCAUGCAAACAAAAAGUACAACUCUGCUCUAAGGCUUGUCAGUUCGCGGUUGAGAAAUGAAAACGAAGCUCGAGCCGAUCAAACUCUCGUAGCAGUAAUACUUUUAGGUCUUUUUGAAAUAAACACAUGUACCGGUCCCCAAUCAAUGCGAUCUUGGACCAAGCAUAUAAUUGGUGCCUCAUCGCUGUUGCAGCUUAAGGGAAAACAAUGCCUUGAAACUCCGACUGGCCGGCAUAUAUUUGCUCAUCUUAGGACUCAAAUUAUUACAAACUGUAUACAACGCCAUGUUUCUAUUCCGCCUUUCAUUCGGGACUGGUCGACGUAUGCUCUGCAUUUUCAAUCGCCAAAUGACGCCCACGCCACAACUCUGGCGGAACAAGUGAUGGAAUUUUGCGAUCUCCGUGCCACAAUGUCUUCGUUUCAUGAUUACAGAAAUGCGGAGAAAAUCAUUAAAUCGGCCCUCGUGAUUGAUUCCAAGCUUGCGGAGUGGGCUUUUACUUACCCGCCGGAGUGUAUGUUUUAUAAAACACUCACCUUAAGACAAAGGUCUGAUCGCGUUUUUUCGGAUCAUUAUCAUAUCUACGAUAGCAUCUGGGCCGCCGCACUGUGGAACCACUAUCGAUGUGUUCGGAUUCUCAUCAAUGAAGUUGUCUAUGUUCAACUCACUCAUCUUAGAAAUACCCAGCCUGAGCUGUUCCCUAUAGACCUGAGGAACCCUAUCUUCUCCGAUUCUCAAUUGGAGAUCUCGACGACAACCAUCAUUCAACUAUCACAUGAUAUUUGUGCUAGCGUUCCUUUUAUGCUUGGAUAUGCGCAGGGUGGAGAAGUGACAUUAAACAGUGCUAAAGCCGUUAGCGGUAAUCUUUUGUUAUGGCCUUUGUAUACGGCAGCAUGCACGUCUCUAGUAUCUGAUAUGAUGUGUCACUGGGUAGCAGGGAGAUUACGAGUUAUAUCCGACAUCAUGGGAAUCAAACAAGCUGCUCCAUUGUCACAUAUUCUAACGAAAAGAAAGGAUCUCUUGGCUUGGGAGCUUGAAGAUAUCAAGAAAGGGGCCGCACCAAAUUAUGAGGACUGGACACAUGGACAAUUAAUGGAACUUACAUGAUCUGAGAUGAGGUUUUGAAUUAUUCACAACCAAGAACGAAGUUUCAAGAUACUACGUUUGGGAGCUGUUUAUCUUUCCUAAUUAACUAAGUUCUUCCUAGGUCCAUCAUACUCUCCAAUACGCUAUAAAUCUCCGGCAGAAGCAACCUUAGCAUAGAUAUAUACUGGGAGAUUGUUUAAUACUUGAUCUGUAUUGAUAUUUACCAACUCAACUACUGGAUAAUAUGGAUCACCUUGCUGAGCCCUAAAAAAAAGGACCAUGCAGCGGUGACGCGAUUUACGGCCUGGGGAUUGUUUCCCAAAUUUAUCGCCUUUUUUGGGCAGUCUUAGUUUGAACGCGAAACUUUUUUUCCAGUACCAGAGCAUUCAUAAACGUCUUUGCCAUGGGCUAGCUUUAGAUAAUAGGCAACAAAAAAUUUUCGCCUCUCCGGGCCCGGAAUUUUGGCUUAGGUGUACUAUUUUGGCACAUAUAUUUUUUUUCAGUGGCCCAGCAUGAGCUCAUCAAUAGCUGCUACUUACAAAUUGUCCUUUCUCCUAGAUCAUUAUAUGAAAGCAUUGCCAGGAAAAGAGAGCAUAUACACUGGACUUGAUUUGUAUGAUGGGUAGGUAUAAACAUUCAGGAUAAAGAUUUGAAUCGUCAAUGAGAAAAUGAAUAGUCUUAUUUAUGUCUCAAAGAAAGGAGUAUAGCUUAUUUGUUUUAGACGUCACUCAAGUAAAUAAUACUGGAGAUUAAUUUGUGAUACUCUGCUUGAAAGACAUCCUGCUACCGUGUCGUUUUAUACAAAAGGUGUCGGUUUAUACGCCACAUUGUAAAAUAUCUGAUUAUUUA